GACAGCGGACACAAAGCGAACGCGAACAGCGAUAAGGUUCCGUUCUGGCAGGCAACAAUCAUCUCUCAAUUGAGAUCGAGGGCGUCAUGGUGUUGGUACCUGCCGAGAGGGUAGCGGGCAGACGCAGGUCUGGAGGCACACUGCCGCCACUGCGAACCGGGAGCGCCUGGCCCCGGAAUCAUCCGAGCUCGUAUGAGAAAGACAGCAGCAUCUGGAGAACCCCAAGCGCACGUGGAAUUUGGGGCUUUACCGUAUCUGGUAGAGGACGUCCCCGGAUUUUCGUUGGCUUAUCGGGCAGCCCGCAACGUUCACUCUUUUGCCCCGAAGACCUGUCGCGCACACAUGAAGUCAAGGUCACAGUUUUCCACAUUAGCCUAUCUUGCUGCGACUGCCCUCGACGCGAAGUCUUCACGAUCAGUUAAAACAGCGCGGGCGCAUUACGUUUGAGCAUCAAUCAUCGCUGGCCAAUCACAGGCGAGGAGGGUCCUUAUCUUCGACCUGCGGCCGGGUGUGGGGCAGCGAUGCCAGAGCCGCGGGGAUGGCCACGAACCGAACGCCUCGACUGUCCCGGUUGCCGACAUCGCAACACAGAUCGUCGGAUUGAUGUGCGGCUUUUUCCAGGAUCAAACGUGCCUAGAGACCUAGAACUCAGG